AUGGCAUUAAGAUUUCCAAGGUUUAGCCAAGGCUUAGCUCAGGACCCCACUACUCGUCGUAUUUGGUUUGGUAUUGCUACCGCACAUGACUUCGAGAGUCAUGAUGAUAUUACUGAAGAACGUCUUUAUCAGAAUAUUUUUGCUUCUCAUUUCGGGCAAUUAGCAAUAAUUUUUCUGUGGACUUCCGGAAAUUUGUUUCAUGUAGCUUGGCAAGGUAAUUUUGAGACAUGGAUACAAGACCCUUUACAUGUAAGACCGAUUGCUCAUGCUAUUUGGGAUCCUCAUUUCGGUCAACCGGCUGUGGAAGCGUUUACUCGAGGAGGUGCUCUUGGCCCGGUGAAUAUAGCUUAUUCUGGUGUUUAUCAGUGGUGGUAUACAAUCGGUUUACGUACUAAUGAAGAUCUUUAUACUGGAGCUCUUUUUCUAUUAUUUCUUUCUGCCCUAUCCUUAAUAGGGGGUUGGUUACACCUACAACCAAAAUGGAAACCAAGAGUUUCGUGGUUCAAAAAUGCCGAAUCUCGUCUGAAUCAUCAUUUGUCAGGACUAUUCGGGGUAAGCUCCUUGGCUUGGACAGGUCAUUUAGUCCAUGUCGCUAUUCCUGCAUCCAGGGGGGAAUAUGUUCGAUGGAAUAAUUUCUUAAAUGUAUUACCGCAUCCCCAAGGGUUAGGCCCACUUUUUACGGGUCAGUGGAAUCUUUAUGCUCAAAACCCCGAUUCAAGUAGUCAUUUAUUUGGUACCUCCCAAGGAUCAGGAACUGCCAUUCUAACCCUUCUUGGGGGAUUCCAUCCACAAACGCAAAGUUUAUGGCUAACCGAUAUGGCACAUCAUCAUUUAGCUAUCGCAAUUCUUUUUCUCAUUGCGGGUCAUAUGUAUAGAACUAACUUUGGAAUUGGACACAGUAUAAAAGAUCUUUUAGAAGCACAUAUUCCUCCGGGAGGACGAUUGGGGCGUGGGCAUAAGGGUCUUUAUGACACAAUCAAUAAUUCGAUUCAUUUUCAAUUAGGCCUUGCUCUAGCCUCCUUAGGGGUUAUUACUUCCUUGGUAGCUCAACACAUGUACUCUUUACCUGCUUAUGCGUUCAUAGCGCAAGAUUUUACGACUCAAGCUGCGUUAUAUACCCAUCACCAAUACAUUGCAGGAUUCAUCAUGACAGGAGCUUUUGCUCAUGGAGCUAUAUUUUUUAUUAGAGAUUACAAUCCAGAGCAGAAUGAGGAUAACGUAUUGGCAAGAAUGUUAGACCAUAAAGAAGCUAUCAUAUCCCAUUUAAGUUGGGCCAGCCUCUUUCUAGGGUUCCAUACUUUGGGACUUUAUGUUCAUAAUGACGUCAUGCUUGCUUUUGGUACUCCCGAAAAACAAAUCUUGAUCGAACCCAUAUUUGCCCAAUGGAUCCAAUCGGCUCAUGGGAAAACUUCAUAUGGAUUUGAUGUACUUUUAUCUUCGACAAAUGGCCCAGCGUUUAAUGCGGGUCGAAGCAUAUGGUUGCCUGGCUGGUUAAAUGCUAUUAAUGAAAAUAGUAAUUCAUUAUUCUUAACAAUAGGUCCUGGAGAUUUCUUGGUUCAUCAUGCUAUUGCUUUAGUUUUCCUUGCGACGGUCCGGGACGAGGUGGUACUUGUGAUAUUACCGUCGGCUCUUGUAACGCUGAGAGAACACAUCGAAUCUCUCGAAUCGGAAUCGAACCCUACAAUCCUGGUGAACACUUUCUCUGAAUUGGAAUCCGAUGCGUUAACCUCCGUCGAGAAACUCAGAAUGAUUCCGAUCGGACCGUUGGUUUCCUCCUCCGACGAUUCUUCAGCCGGUAAAGCCAAUCUAUUCCGAUCUUCUUCGGACGGGGAGGAUCACACGAAAUGGCUAGAUUCGAAACUCGAGAAGUCUGUGAUUUACAUAUCCUUGGGCACACACGCCGACGAUUUGCCGGAGAAACACAUGGAGGCGCUCACUAGCGGCGUGUUAGCCACAGGCCGGCCGUUCUUAUGGGUCGUGAGGGCGAAAAACCCAGACGUGAAGAACCGAUUUCUGGAAUUGAUCAGAGGAAGUGAUCGAGGAUUGGUGGUUGGGUGGUGUUCUCAGACGGCGGUGCUGUCGCAUCCGUCGGUGGGGUGUUUUGUGACUCACUGCGGUUGGAAUUCGACGCUGGAGAGUUUAGAGAGCGGAGUUCCGGUGGUGGCGUUUCCGCAGUUCGCGGACCAGUGCACGACGGCGAAGCUUGUGGAGGACACGUGGCGGAUCGGAGUGAGGGCGAAGGAAGGGGAGGAAGGACACGUGGAUGGAGAUGAGGUGAGACGGUGUCUGGAGAAGGUGAUGGGAGACGGAGAGGAUGCGGAGGAGAUGAGAGAGAAUGCGGCGAGGUGGAAGACGAUGGCCAUUGAUGCUGCGGCGGAAGGAGGACCGUCGGAUUUGAAUCUUAAGGGAUUUGUGGAAGAAGACAAGGAAGAGUGA